AUGGGGGAGGCCGAGCGAUUACCGAGUACCUCCGAGCGGUACACGGAAAUACCCGAAGUGGAGAGAUCCGCGCGGGAGCCAGACGGAAAAGCUCGAAGGAGGCCGGAAACGCCCGAGGCCGAUCGGCGAAGGAGGAGACCGUUGCCGAAAAUUGUCGAGGAUUCCCGGAGACUACCGAGUCCGAUCCAGAACGUAGUUUUCUCCUUUCGGCCACGCCUUCACUCACGCACGCCACGCCCAAUCGGCCACCCUAGGCUGGGCCACGCCCAAUCGGCGGCCGGCCGGCUGGGCGUGGCUUGCCGAAGCGGGCGGGGAGCGUUACGUGGCCGGACUACCGUCUCCACUCGGCACUCAAUCUCUGCGGAUCAGUUGAUGCGCGUCUCAGCGCUCAUUCUUGUGUUUCCUUCCCCACAGAUAGACUUCACUGCCGACCAGAUCGAAGAGUUCAAAGAGGCUUUCUCCUUGUUUGACCGGACGCCGACUGGAGAGAUGAAGAUCACCUAUGGGCAGUGUGGGGACGUGCUGCGGGCACUGGGCCAGAACCCCACCAACGCCGAGGUGCUGCGCGUCCUGGGCAAACCCAAGCCUGAAGAGAUGAAUGCGAAGAUGCUGGACUUCGAGACGUUCCUGCCCAUCCUGCAGCACAUCUCCCGCAACAAGGAGCAGGGCACCUAUGAGGACUUUGUGGAAGGGCUGCGUGUUUUCGACAAGGAGAGUAAUGGCACAGUCAUGGGUGCUGAGCUUCGCCAUGUCCUCGCCACCCUUGGAGAGAAGAUGACUGAGGCCGAGGUGGAGCAGCUUUUGGCUGGGCAAGAGGAUGCCAACGGGUGCAUCAAUUACGAAGCCUUUGUCAAACACAUCAUGUCUGGGUGAAGCAGACCCCUCAGGGUGCCUGGCCCUGGGCCAUAACCUUUCUGGGGCGAGUUAAGCCAGAGGCCCAGAGUGACUGAGCUGGAGCUGGGGAGCUGGGGUCCUGGACCUGCCACUGCAUCACAGCCCUGAGGACACCCCGGGCCAGUAGCCCGCCCUGUAAAUAAACGGUUCUGGCAAGCCUGGGCCAGAUUCUCUGA